AUAUAUUCACUCCACAAAACACCAAAUCAAAAGCAUAUCCUCUCUCGUUCCUUCCAACCCUAAAAGGAUUCGCCAUGAAAGGUGCUAGAUCGAAGGCUGAUUCCAAGAAAACUGACAGCAAGCUGAAGACCAAGAGCGCAGCGGCUGGGAAAAGAACGAAGAAGGCUGCCAAGGAUCCAAACAAGCCAAAGAGGCCUGCCAGUGCUUUCUUCGUUUUCAUGGAGGAGUUCAGGAAACAGUACAAAGAGGAGCAUCCUGACAACAAAUCCGUCUCUGCUGUUGGAAAGGCUGGAGGAGCAAAAUGGAAAAGCAUGUCUGCAGCCGAGAAAGCCCCUUACGCAGAGAAGGCAGAGAAGAGAAAGACUGAAUACACUAAGAAUCUGAAGGCGUACAACAUGAAAUUGGCUGGGGGAAACAAUGGUGCUGAUGAAGAUGAGUCUGAUAAGUCCAAGUCUGAAGUCAAUGAUGAGGAGGAUGAAGAAGCAGGAAGUGGAGAGGAAGAGGAGGAUGACUAAAUCAGGCAGAUAGCGAACUGUGGAGAAGUUUAUCUGGGUAUAUUGGAAUUAGAUUCUAACUUUUAUGUUGCUUUCUAGUACAAAUUAUAUUGGGAGAAUGAACUAGUUUUAGCUUUUUAAAUCUUAUAAGGAUCUGUACUUAGACUUUUCUCAAUGAUCAAUGAUUAGUUUGAACUCCAUCUGCAUUUUUUCUUUUUUUCACAAGGUGUGGUACUCUGGUAUUUUGGGAGGAUUAUGCCUCUUCCCGGUCUACCUUCAAGUAUGUCUUCUGUUUAUGAUUUUGGUGUAGAAGUUUGGUCUAUCUUGCCCCUUUUUUGGAUUGGACCAUGGGAUUGAUUAUGUAACACCAUGUAAACCCGGUUGAACCAAAUAAACUCGAUUGAAUAUGGAAAUUGAGUUGGGCCAUGGGGUUGAUUAUAGUUUGCAUCAAUGAACCCAGCUGACUGUG